UAGACUGGUCCAUGUGCUCUGUGGCUUGGGUCUUUACUUGCUGCAUGGGGAUUAGGGCAGAAGUUGAGGCUUGUCUUGCAAUUUGGAGAUAACCAUUUUCUAAAAGAAAUAAACAUCUACCACAAUGUCCCAGAUCGAAAUGAAACGUUCUGCUUAUGAAGAAUGGACAGCUCUACAGGACAGUGCAAAAGACCCAACUAACUGGAUGUGGGUUCCCCGACGAAAAUGCACCGUGGAGAAGAACACGCCCGAUGCCAACCACUCAACUCAGCCGAAAGACUCGAUUUCUUCCGAACUUUAUAGAAAAGGGAAAAAGCACAACAUAGUUCAAAAGGAACAGAGAACGGGUUCUGAUGUUGAAGCCCCAUGCAAACGUAGAUUAGAAUUCGGCAACAACGAGACAAACUUGCCGGAAGAAGAUCUGCCAAGUAAGAAGUCGAAAGAUGAGAGCCCAGAUGAUGUUGAUGCUAAAAGUGAGAACAAACUGGAGAACAUUUCAGAAACAGGAGAACAAACUGUAGCUGAAACUGACGGUGACAGCGCAUCUCCAAUCAGCAGCAAAAAUGGUGAUGGGUUGGAGCAAACUCCGGAACCAGCAACGAGCAUCUUGCCUUCAACUGGUCCAGGGGUACUGGAAAAUCUGAAGUCAGAACAAGAAGAAGACAAGUCCAGCCAAUUCACCGUGAAGGACAUGGUCUUUGGAAAGCUGAAGGGUUAUGACUGGUGGCCUGGACUUAUAAUAACAUAUCGUGAAGCCAUGCAAAGACCUCCAUUGGAAAACUGUUUUUGGGUCAGAUGGUUUGGUGAUCAUAAAGUAUCUGAGGUCCUUAGUUCGAAUUUGACUCAGUUUUUCAACUUUAAAGACCGGUUCACUCCAAACAGAAUGAGAGGGAUUUAUAAGAAAGGGAUAAGAGAGGCUCUUGAGCUUGCUGCAAAGAGAUCUUCAAAAAUUGGCUUGCCAGUAGGAGGGACAAAGGAAGCAGAAGACGAGCGGCUAGACACUUUAAUUCAGUGGGCGAAUGAAUCAUUUGCUCCUCUAGGAAUCGAAGGCCUGACACCAAAAUAUGUUGAAGAGGACGAUGUUUCUUCAUCCGAAGAUGAAGUUGAGAGUGACAAAGCUGAGAAACCAAAGUUAGAUCAUCAUAAAGAACACCCCGUGAAAUUUUACAGAAAUGACAACAAAGAUAGAUUUGGGAAACCAAUGUCCAAUCCUAUUUUAGCUGAAGACGUCAAAGCUCUUUUUAACGAGGUCCUUGAUGGCAAGCGGAGCAUCGAAAGUCUCUGCCUGGCUUGUGGAGACACAAAGAUUUCCAUACAGCAUCCGCUGUUUGACGGGGGCCUUUGUGCUGAGUGUCAGGAAGCCUUUGUAGAGGGUUCUUAUCUAUUUGACGAAGAUGGAUCUCAGAUGUAUUGCAGCAUCUGUAGCGAUGGGAAGGAGGUUUUGAUGUGUGACUCACCAGGAUGCUGCAGAUCAUACUGUGGGGUCUGCAUAGAUAUGCUUUGUGGAGUAGGCACGACUGUGAAGAUUUCUUCGCAAGAAAAUUGGGUGUGUUUCAUGUGCUCUGGGGAGACGAUCCGUCUGUUGAAGCGAAGAGAAAACUGGCAAGAGCGUCUCAGAGAGAUUUUCCUUACUGACGAGGAGGAUGAAUAUCCACCUCUUAGUUGUGUACCUGUGAUACCAUUGAAAGAACGACAACCACUAAGAGUUUUGGCAUUAUUUGACGGUUUAGCAUCAGGAUUGGUAGCAAUGAACCAUCUUGAUCUGGAAAUUGAAAUCUACUAUGCUUCAGAAAUCGACUACAACGCCAAUACGGUAACCAAAGUAAAGCAUUGCGGAAACAUAAAGCAGCUAGGAGAUGUUAAACUUAUAACUGAGAAAACAAUAGAGGAUAUAGGCCCAUUUGAUCUUGUCCUGGGUGGUAGUCCUUGCAAUGAUCUUUCUAUUGCCAAUCCAGCAAGAAAAGGAAUUUAUGAGGGUACUGGCCGCUUGUUCUUUGAGUUCUUUCGCAUCCUCAUGUACUGUAGACCCCCAGCAGGCUCUAAAAGGCCAUUCUUCUGGUUGUUUGAAAACGUGGUUGGCAUGCGUCAUGAAGACAGAAAGGUCAUUUCAAGAUUUUUGCAGUGCAACCCAGUCAUGAUUGAUGCCAAGGAUGUGUCUGCCCAACACAGGGCAAGGUAUUAUUGGGGCAACAUACCUGGCAUGAAAAGGCCUGCAUACCCACUUCCUGGUGAUAAGCUUGAACUUCAAGAAUGCUUGGAGCCAAACAGUGGUCGCCAAGCAAGAUUUAACAAAGUUCGCACAAUAACUACAAAGUCAAACAGUCUUAAACAAACAAAAGAAGCAGUUAUGCCUGUGGAGGAAAUGAAGGAUGAUGGAAGCUCGAAGGAAGAUGUCCUCUGGUGCACUGAAGUUGAAAGGCUGUUUGGUUUCCCAGAACAUUACACCGAUGUUGCAAAUAUGGGCAGAUGCCACAGGCAAAAACUUCUGGGCAGUGCUUGGAGCAUUCCUGUUCUCCGUCACAUCUUUGCACCCUUGAAAGAUUAUUUCAAAUGUUCCAGGAUGCAGAAGUAGAUUAUUAUAGGUGAAUCUUUUAAACCGAAUAGGCUAUAACUACAGUGUUUUAUUGGUUUUAAUCAAUCUUAGGUAUGACCAUUUCAAACUAUCUAUUAAUUGAAGGUUUUUGGUAGAAUUCCUAGACAAGAAAAAUUGAUAAUCACUGUUUUUAGACACCAUAUUUCUCUAAAAGAUUUAUAGUUUAGUACAUCCAGUUUUAGAUCUGAGCAAAGUGCCAUUUAUAAAGCAUCAAUUGGCAUAUAGAUGUAGGUGUUGCUUUGCAGGUUUCAUCCAACAACAGGUUUCAUCUAAGCAAUUUAGAGAAAGUUUUAGGUUCUUUUUAGUUUUUAUUCUGAUUUUAAAAGAUUGAAAUAAACUAUUUUUAUAAGCUUUUGCUAAUUAUGUUGAUCACUGAGGUCAUUGUUUUUUAAACUGAGAAUAAAUUGUAAAACUUUUUAAACAAACUGUUCAAAUAAAGAGACUUUUUCUAAGAUUGUUUUUAGAAACCUUUUUAAAUAAUUUUUGAUAUUUAUAUUUUUUAUGAAAAGUAUUUUACAAAGAUUUAUAAA